CGCAGGAACUCCAAGAAAAAAAGAGCCACGCCUCAGCCUUGCCGCUAGCUCUCUCUUUGUCUUUCCUCGUGGCUGCGAACGUUAUCUUUCAUAUAUUCCAUCUACCUUUACACAUUUAAACACCAUGUCCGAUCGAGAGUUUGGUUCCAACGAUGACCUGUCGCUUCCCAAAGCGACGGUCCAAAAGAUCAUUACCGAGAUCCUUCCUCCCAGCAUGGGCCAGACCUUCUCCAAGGACGCGCGCGACUUGCUGAUGGAAUGCUGCGUCGAGUUCAUCACCUUGAUCUCGUCUGAGGCCAACGAUAUCAGCGAGAAGGAAGCCAAGAAGACCAUCGCAUGUGAACAUGUUGAGAAGGCGCUCCGGGAUCUUGGCUUUGCAGACUACAUUCCGGACGUACUUGCGGUGGCCGAGGAGCACCGGGAACAGUUGAAGUCACGAGAGAAGAAGCAAAGCAAGAUGGAGCAGAGUGGUCUAUCCGAGGAGGAGCUCCUUCGUCAACAGCAGGAGCUCUUCCGGUCUGCAACUGAGAAGUACAACGCAGGCCCGGAAUAAGAUGACAUCUAGUUCCAUAACGAACUCAUGCUGGUCAUAGAGGAAAAUGGACACCGGCGGGCGUUAUUUUUGCUGUUUCUACGGGAUGGUGCGGCCUUGGAGUUUUUCUUGAUGGUUUUUUCAUUUUCAGCAGCUACUCAAAGUGCAUACAAGUGAGGCGCAAUAUCAUUAAUGAC